GGUCUUCGCAUUGCCGUCGCCAGCCUCGCUGCCCGGCUGUCGUCAAGCUGGGAGGCAGAGGCCUGGCAAUCUGCGCAGUCUUGCGGCCCAGACGUCAUUACCGAGGUUCCGCUGCAGCGCUGGGAUCAUUCGGAGAGUUAUGACUCCGCGGAGGGGUGCUGGCGCUUCGGGCGUACGUCUUGCAGGCAUGCAGCUUUCAUUGACGGGGUCGAGCUGUUCGACUUCCAGCGCUUCCAUCUGUCGCGGAAUGAGGUGCAGCACAUGGAGCCCCGUCAACGCCACGCCUUGGAGACUGGCUAUGAAGCCAUCUACCACGCCGGCUUCAGGCGGGUCCAACUCCAAGGCCUCACGGCAGCC